AUGCGCGUCAGCUCUUAUCUUCUCGUCGUCGCCGCUUCCUUUCUUGCUAGCUGCGAUGGGGUCUCAGCCACUAGCCGGACCAAGUUAUCGGCCGCGAGCCCAGCUGAUGUGGAGCCGUCGGUGGAUGUUGGCCCAGCGAAGAGCGUAAGAUUCUUGCGAGGCAAACUCGAGCAGCCAGCCCACGCCCAGGACACUCCAGAAGAAGAGAGGUCGAUUCCAAGUUUUAAGCUUAUCGACGAUGUGCUGCAGAAGUACAAAGUAGACAUGAGCGCGGUGAAGAGGCUACAAGCUACCCAAAGCGGAAACGUGAACAAGCUGGUCCUGGACGUCAACGGCAAGUUAAAGACGUUCACUGACGUUGACAUUAAGUACCUGCGCCAGAAGCUGAAGAACCCGGAUAUCAAGGGCCACCUCCAGGCAUGGAAAAAGGCAGAGGCAAACCCUGUAGUUCUUUCGGAGCGAUUGAGGAAAGCUGGUUUUGCCAAGGACAGUACCGUUAUGGAGGCCCUCGGUAUUUACAAGGCCCAAAUGCUGAGAAAAAAUAAGCUGCUGACUUUGAAGAACCCGUAA